AUGGCGGCCAACGACGACCUCAUCGACUUUGAUAUCAUCGAGACACAGAAGGAAAACAUCCAAUCGCUACCAGGCGGCCGAUCCGCGAGAGAGCUGGCUCGCAUCUUUUCGCCGCGCGAAACAGACAGCAAGCACGCAGUGCCAUCGCCAAAUGACACGCGAACUCUGAACGAUGCUAUCCGACAGGAGUACGAGGCCGAGCUGGACACGAUUGGGGAGUCGGACGACCCGCUAGACAUCUACGAUCGCUACGUGAAAUGGACCCUCAACGCAUACCCGUCCGCCCAAGCAACCGCCGAAUCCGGCCUGCUUCCGUUAUUGGAGCGCGCCGUGAAAUCCUUCCUGUCGUCGAACCACUACAAGAACGACCCUCGCUACCUACGCCUUUGGCUUCACUACAUUCGACUUUUUUCGGACUCACCGCGCGAGACCUUUGCUUUCCUGGCGCGCCACCACAUCGGAGAAGGCCUGGCGCUCUUCUAUGAGGAAUUCGCCGCCUGGCUGGAGGGCGCGGGACGAUGGACCCAGGCAGACGAAGUGUACCGGCUAGGUGUAGACCGAGAGGCGCGGCCGGUCGAACGCCUGGUCCGGAAAUAUGGUGAGUUCCAGCAACGCUACGAGCAGAAGUCUCACGAUAACGGCCCGUCCUCCCCUGCACUGCCGGCGGUGCGCCCGGCAUUGGCUGCCAAGGUGGACCCCUUUUCGGCGGCAACGCCAGCGACGAGUGACCCGCAAGCACAGCAACCAUCCCCCGCUGCGGCGGCCCCCGCGAAGACGAAGUCCGGCAAGGCCAAGAUGGCCAUCUUUUCCGACACCGACUCGUCGGCCAGUCAGCCUGCAGUAUCCGCGCCGACCAAGGGCUGGGAGAGCAUUGGAUCAAUGGGCGAACGACGGAAGGAGAAUAAGGUAGAGGCGAAGCCGUGGGCUGGAGAGACCCUCAAGGCUGGAAAGAAGGCUGUGCCAGCGCAGAAGAUGGCGAUCUUCAGGGAUGAGUCAAGCUCAAAUCUACAAUAUAGAGAACCCGUGCAAUCAAAGCAUGUUCCAGAGCACCGUGUAAGGGAGGCCACAAACCCACGUACAGGGCGACGGGAGCGCGUCUUUGUCAACCUGGAUGCCGUGUAUCCCGACUAUCAUAACGCCAAUGUCGAGGUUAGUUUUGAAGAGCUGAGGGCCAUGAAACGGGGCUGGCUGAAUAAGAACUGGCGCGCGCAUAAAGAGCCCCUGAAGCAGAUCUCUGGCAAUGAGAACAUGGUUGAUCAAGAAAGGGAUCUGCCUGAAGAGUUUAACCGUAAAUUGACAGUCAAAGACUCGGAGUCGAUCCCUCAGCAACAGGCUGCCGACCUCGAUGGCAAAUCUAGCAAGUCACGGAAAUUGAAAGUCCGUGAGGUUAAAGGAGAAACACAAACGGUGAAAAUGAAGUUUGAUUCGCCUACUGGCGGCAAGAUUCGACGAAAGAGUACACAUGAACCAACCAUGACUAUGCACACUCGCGCCGCCACAGAUGAGAUCUAUAGUAUUUUCAACCAGCCGCUCAAGGCGGAGACAGAAGUAGCCGAAAGCAGCGAUUUUGAGGAUGACGACUAUACGAGUGCUGGUGAGAGUACGGUGACUGGACGGAUCUCAGCCGCCUCAAGUGAUUUCGGCGACGACACGUUUCAUAGGUCCUUUGAUGGUGAUGGCUUUGAUGAUAACACAAGAGCUGAGAGUGUUGUAGAUGGUGAAUGGACUCAGUUCUCUCCUACAAAGGACAUUCACGACUUGGAGCCCGUCGAUUCGAAAACAGACACUUCCACUCAUUCACCGACAGCAUACGAUUCGCAUGAGGGACAAGAAGGUGAGGUCUACUCUGAUGACGAGACAGGCGAUGGCCGAUUCGUUCCCCAAAUGCCCGAUGACUACAAUCCACCCUGCGGUCCAUAUCGAGAUCCUGCCAUAAUGGCGCAAAAUCGUUUGCCCUUCAUGACGCCCAUUGUGGAGCAGACCGAGCAUUCAUUUGCCUCGAUGACAGCAGCCAGAAACCACAUUUACAAUGCGAAGACGCCGUCGAAACCCACGCAUCCUGUCGACAAGACACCUCACAUGCCCCAGAUCGACCUCCUGGCCACUCCCUUGGUCGCCGAGACACCGUACCUCGAGAAUCUGCCUGAAGACGUGACCUUGAGUCCAACGGCUCUCAAAAAGACACAAUCCGGUCUCAAGCUUUCCUUUCGAUUGAGCGACAAAAGCCAGCAGUCUCCAAUCAUCCCAGAUGUGCAGUGCAACCCCACCAAUAAGAACAUCCGUGACAUUAUUCUCAACCAUUCGAUGAACCCGGUUUCCGCUGCGUUUGCCGGUUUCCAUCACUUCCCCGAUAUGGAGACGCACUAUGCUUCCGACAUCCAAAAAUACAUGAAGACACACGUCAAGCGUCCUCGGAGCGGUGACGAAGCGUCCUUCGAUGUGCCAAUUCUCGACCUUCCCGAGGCCGACAGAAGCUACAUCAUCCGACGAGAACUAGGGGCUGGCGCCUAUGCCCCAGUCUACUUUGCUGAGAGCGUUGACAACUUGUCUUCUGAUUCGGAGAGCGAGGCCAUGGAUGACGAUGCGGAAGAACCCCACCCUUCAAACGGAGGAAAGUCGGUCAAACGAAACACGUCGCGCUAUGGAUUCGAGGCAAUUAAACUGGAAGUCGGGCCCCCGAACCCUUGGGAGUUCUACAUGAUUCGAUGCGCACACGAGCGACUGAACCAGAAACCCGAGCUGUCGCGAGCUACUGAAAGUAUCAUCCGUGCCCACGAGCUUCACGUCUUCAAGGGAGAGAGUAUCCUGGUCGAAGAUUAUCGCUGCCAGGGAACCUUGCUGGACCUUGUCAAUCUCGUUCGCAACGAGCCUCUUACGACCAACACCACAGCCGAUGGCGGUCUCGACGAAGCCCUUGCCAUGUUCUUCACAGUCGAACUGUUCCGCACUGUAGAGUCUCUUCACGCCUGUGGUAUCCUGCAUGGAGAUAUCAAGGCCGACAAUUGCCUGGUCCGACUCGAGGAUAAGCCAACCGCGCCAGAUGCCUCCCUUAUUGACUUUGGUGAUGGCGAAGAUUACUCCGAUCCGCGCGAAGUGCACUACUCCCCACGCGGCCUGUACGGCUGGCGGAACAAGGGCCUUUCCCUGAUCGACUUCGGCCGUGGAAUCGACAUGCGCGCCUUCCAGCCUUCCGUCCAAUUCAUCGCCGAAUGGGAAACCGGCAAGCACGAAUGCAACGAAAUCCGCGAGGGCCGACCCUGGACCCACCAGAUCGAUCUCUACGGCGUCGCCGGUACCGUUCACGUCAUGCUCUUCGGGAAAUACCUCGAGUCGACUCCCGGUCGAAAGAGCGAGGGCGCCGCCCCGUCCCCCAACCGCAACGGCACGGCCCCUGCUGCGGGUAGCCCCCGAACCUACCGGAUCCGCGAGUCCCUCAAGCGAUACUGGGAGCGAGAGAUCUGGAGCGACGUUUUCGAUCUCCUUCUCAACCCUGGCUCCGAGCGUUGGACCCAGUUGGAAGCUAGCAGCGACCCCAUCAACGCUCCCAUCUCGGACGAGAAUGCGCAUCCUCACUCUCCCAUUCUGCCGGUUCUCAACUCCAUGCGCCAUCUGCGUGAGAGGAUGGAAGCGUGGCUCCUGGUUAAUGCAGAGAAGAAGAGUCUCGGUCUGCAGAUCCGGAAGCUGGAGGCUAUCUUCUCGGAGAGGAGGAAGAGGAUGGAGAAGUCUUAG